AGACAAAAAGCAAGAAGCGAUGUUCGGCCUCGACUCUUCCCUGCGCUGGGUCCCCGUACUCUUGACGGCUGCGCUGCUGCACGCGUGGCCAGUCGCCCUCGACGGGGCGACCGACCUGAACCACGCCCAGCUUCGGCUCGUGGCCGACAGGCUGAAGCUGGACCAGUGCCGCAGCCUCGUCGAGUCGCUGCGCUCCUCCGAGGACUACGCCCUCGACCACACGCCGGACGGUCACGCGGAGUCGCACGCGCUGUCCUGCUACAGGCUGCUAGAACUGUGGAACCGGCAGCGUCCGGCCAACAGCACCUUCCACGCGCUCCUUGUGCGGCUGCAGGAGCUCGGGCACCGGGACCUGGCCGACGACCUGUCCCGCGUCGUGUACGGCGAGAAGGUCCUCGCCGUCAAGGCAAACUUCCUGUCAGACCCAUUCAGGACGCUGAGUCCGCACCAAGACCUGCGGAGCAGAAGCGAACUGGUCAAGGGGUCGUUGGACAGGUCAACCGGCGACGAAGACCAGCCGCAGGGCGGCAUCGUGGAGCUGGUGUCGAUAGCGCUGGCGCUGGCGCUUAUCAUGUUGCUCGGCACGUUCAUCUGCAACCGGCUGACCAGGCGGUGCACCAUCAAGAUUCCGCAGAGAAGCCGCCGCAUUCUUCGGGGCGACCAGCUGGACUCGCAAGAGUCCACGUUCCAGCUGCUGCCCGAGAACGUGUGA